AAAGAAAAGAAAGAGGGAGUUUAGAAAUCAGCUCAAACAAAAGUUUAAAGAACAAAAUCUAGAAACCCCACCAACAAUUCUCCGAUCUCCGUCUCUCUCUCUCUCUCAAAUGCAAAAUCCUAUUAAGAUCCAUAUUGGGUUCUUUGAUUUGCACUGUAAUCUGUGAAAUUUGCUUCGGAGUGGAGGAGACAGGUCCCUUAAAUGAAAUGUGAGGAACACGAAGAAGAAGAAGAAGAAGAAGUAAGCAGACGAAGAUAUAUUCUCUCGGAGGUUUUAUAAUGGUUGCUGCGUUUCCUCAAGCAGCAAUCGCUAGUCCUGAACCGAGAAACAUACCUCGAGAUCAGCAAGAAAAACCUCGACCCAUCGCCAACAAUGGCGGAAACCAGCAACAACGAAGACCCAGAGGCAAACAGGUCCCGUCACGCUACCUCUCCCCGUCUCCUUCUUCUUCUCUUUCCGCUUCCACUAACGCUACCACUACCACUUCUUCUUCUUCUUCUUCUUCAUUCAAAACAAGUAAGCGAUACCCUUCUCCACUCCUCUCUCGCCCGACGAAUUCUGCUUCUACUUUGAUAAAGACGCCUUCGUUGUUGCCCAAACGGUCGCAAUCCGUGGACCGCAGACGGCCGUCGCCGGCUCCUGUCGUCGGAGGCAGCGGCGCCGAAAUGUCGGUGGCGACAAAGAUGCUUAUCACUUCCACUCGUAGUUUAUCGGUUUCAUUUCAAGGUGAAGCGUUUUCGCUUCCGAUUAGUAAGAAAAAGGAGACUACCCCGCUUGUUUCUCACCGAAAAACUACGCCGGAGAGGCGGAGAUCGACGCCGGUGAGAGAUCAGAGGGAGAACUCAAAGCCUGUGGACCAGCUUCGGUGGCCGGGAACGUCUCGGAAGGGAAAUAAUGAAUCUGAGUCGAACCCGCUUUCGAGAAGCUUGGAUUGUGGCAGUGAUCGGAGGAAACUUGGAUCUGGGUAUGUGGGCAAUUCACUAUUGCAUCAUUCUUUGGUCGAUGGGAGUCCUAGGGUUUCUGUUGAUGGGAGGCUGAGUUUGAAUUUGGGAAGCACGAAUGAUUUAUUGGAAAUGCGGAAUGAAAGCAAGCGAAGCGCAGAAACGCAUUCGGCUAAUGCAUUGGCGUCAAGUAUUUCGUGCGACUUUACUGCAUCUGAUACUGAUAGUGUUUCGUCGGGUAGCACUAACGGUGUGCAAGAAUGUGAUUCUGGUGGUACUGUUUGUGUCAAUGGUGAAAUUUCUAAAAUGAAGAGCUUGCGGCGUAGUAUAAUGGCUUCUGCUAGAUUCUGGCAAGAGACUAAUAGCCGAUUAAGGCGAUUGCAGGAUCCCAGUUCGCCGUUACCCUCUAGCCCGAGUUCGAGAACCAAUAGCAUCUCAUCAAAGUUUGGUCAGUUGAAAGGGUUUUCUAGUGAUGGUAAUCUGCCAUCUCCUCGUAGUAUGCCUUCUCCUACACGAGGAGCUACUCGUCCUGCUUCACCAAGCAAGCUUUGGGCGACAACCACAUCAUCUCCAGCUAGGGCAAUUUCGAGUCCGGCUCGAGUGAGAAAUGGAGUUUCUGAUCAAAUGAAUUCUUGUUAUAGUGACACGCCGUCUAUUCUUUGUUUCUCUGCUGAUAUUAGGAGGGGAAAGAUUGGAGAGGAUCGUGUUAUGGAUGCACAUUUGUUAAGGCUUCUGUAUAAUCGUUACCUGCAGUGGCGGUUCGGGAAUGCAAGGGCGGAUUCUAUCUUCAUGGUGCAAAGAUUGAAUGCAGAGAAAAUUUUGUGGCAUGCUUGGAUAUCAAUCUCCGAAUUACGUCACACUGUCACACUGAAACGAAUCAAGUUGCUAUUGUUGAAGCAGAAACUGAAACUGGCUUCCAUCCUGAGGGGGCAGGUGGGUUACAUGGAAGAAUGGUCUCUUUUGGAGAGAGAUCAUUCAAAUUCUUUGUCGGAAGCAAUCGGAGCCUUGAAGGCCAGCACUCUUCGUCUCCCAAUUGUCGGAAAAGCCGUGGCUGAUAUCCGUGAUCUCAAGCACGCUGUUAGUUCAGCUGUUGUUGUCAUGCAAGCUAUGGCAUCUUCCAUAUGUUCAUUGUCCAUGAAGGUGGAUGAAACGAAUUCUGUAAUGGUUGAGCUCGUGAAUAUCACUGCAAAGGAAAAGGGUUUGCUUGAACAGUGUCAAGGCUUCUUAUCAAGAGUAGCAGCCUUGCAGAUUACAGGAGGAAAAGUUUCAAGAAAAAGAACAAGAAGAAAAAGGAAAAGAUGGGUGUUGCCUCUGAAGUUCAGCCAGUCUGGUUCUUACAGUAACUCUCUAAUGUCUUUUUGUGUGUGUGUUCACAAGAGGAGAAAGAAGAAGAAUUAUGAAGUAAGAAAGGAAUGUACAUAUACAAAUGUAAUGGGGGAAGCAGGUCGCAUUAGAUUUACAACCUCACUUUCCUCAUGUCUUUUCUAAUUAUAAUGUUGCUGUCUUUUUGGUGUGUACUGUGUUGGUUGGAAUUAAUCUCUAUUGUUGAUAAUCGUAUUCAGAUUCAUUUA